CAACGACUGUUACUGUUUUUUUUUUAAUUCCACAUUUUUUUUUCAUAUCAUUUCAUUUUGUCAAAUUUGAUUAUAUAGAAAAUUUGUCGUUUUUCUAGCCAGUCCACUUGUAUGUUGUUUACCCAAUACACAGCAGCAGCAACAGGAAAAAAGUUGUUUUUGAUCAGAUUUUGUUAAAUUUCACCAAAAAUAUCUAACACAUCCGCAUCGAGCUUUUCGAUUUAAUCAAAAAAAAAAAAAUUACCAGUCUUCUAUUCGAUUUUGUUUCCUCACAUUCAAUCACUUUUGACAUUCAAACAACGUUGUGUUUAACAAACAAUUUCCACUCAUCUCUGUGUGAUCAAUUAAUCGAAUCAAAAUAUGGCAACGACAACAAGUUAUCUUGGAUUCGCCAAUCUACCGAAUCAAGUACAAAGAAAAUUUGCAAAAAAAGGUUUCGAAUUCAAUCUAAUGGUUGUCGGUGAAUCUGGUUUGGGAAAAACAACAUUAAUCAAUUCAUUGUUUGGCACAAAUAUUAAUUCAAAUCGAAAGAUUCCAACCACACAAGAAUUAUUGGAUCGAACAUUAUCAAUUGAAACUACAUCAUUGGAUAUUGAAGAACGUGGUGUCCGUCUUAAAUUGACCGUUGUCGAUACACCUGGUUAUGGUGAUGCAUUGAAUUGUUCGGAUAAUUAUGAUCCAAUAUUACAAUAUAUUGAUGAACAACAUAGAAAAUAUUUAACAAAUGAAUCCGGAUUAAAUCGUCGCCAGAUACGUGAUACACGUGUUCAUUGUUGUUUUUUCUUUAUUUCACCAAUUAAUUAUGGCUUGAAACCGGCGGAUGUUCGUUUUUUAAAAUUAUUACAACAUAAAGUUAAUAUUGUACCAUUGAUUGCUAAAUCUGAUUUUCUUACACCAAAUGAAACAUCCACAUUGAAGAAACGUAUUCUUGAAGAGAUUAAACAACAUCAAAUCGAUAUCUAUACAAUACCGGAUUGUGAUCCAGAUGAUGAUAUUGAAUAUAAGGAACAUGUAAGACAAUUACAAAAUUCAAUGCCAUUCGCAGUUUCUUCAUCGGUGGAUAUUAUCGAAGUAAAUGGUGAACGUAUUCGUGGCCGUGAAUAUCCAUGGGGUAUUGUUCGUACCGAAUGUGAUGAUCAUAGUGAUUAUGUUAAAUUGCGUUCAAUGUUGGUAUCACAAAUGCAAGAUUUGCAUGAAGUAACACAUGAUUUACAUUAUGAAAAUUAUCGUUCAUUGCAUUUGGCCAAUUCUGGUGGCGAUAUGAGUCCAAUGACAAGAAGAUUCAAUACAAGCGAUGUACGUGAUAAUGUAUCAAUACUUAGCGGUAUGACAAUGGAUGAAACAGAAAAAGAUCGAUUAUUAUUGGAAAAAGAAGCUGAAAUUCGUCGUAUGCAACAAGAAUUGGCCAAAAUUCAGGAUCAAAUUCGUUUACAAUCAUUGCAACAAAAUGAUUUAACUACUACUGUUGCUGCUAAUGGUGCAACAAAUGGACAUUCAAAAUGAGAAAAUGCUGAAUAUCAUUUAUAGCUGCCAUAAUCAUAUUUGCCAUAUUUUUUUAAAUUUAUAAUUUGUUUUUAUAAGCUAAAUGAUGAAGCAGAUUUUUUUUAUCUCGGUAUAUCUGUUUUUUCCACUUAACUUGCUACUUAUUGCAAUGAAAAUACUUGAAUAAAAAAAAAGAUAAAAAUUCAAAAA